CGUAAUUUGCGUGUAAGUCUAUAGUAGCCAGGUGCCACCGUCGUUGUUUUAAGAGACUAUGUCCGUCCAACGCCCUUGGCAUCCUUAAUCCUUGAAUACAUAGAUAGCAUUACAAAGGUUGCACCAUGGACGUAUUGGUUGCACUUUGUAAUGCUGAUCUGUCUCGAGCGAGUGUCACACGUCUCGAAUGUCAUAUCAAUCCGUUGAAUUUGACAGUUCUACAAACGUCAACCCGACGACGAAAUAAAUUAAUACAUGGCAGACAGAAUGGUAGUCUGUGGACAGAAUAUGGAUUGUUUGUCUGAAAGCCGGUUGUUGUUGUAAAAACUAAAUAAUUAGGUGAAUCAACAAAUGUUCAAAAAUCAAUGACUGUGUAAUAUUGUUCAAAAUGGAUGUGCAAACAUCAGAUCAUGAUUUGUUUGUUGAACAAUUUUUAUUAGAAGAUGAAAGUAAUACUAUGCCUUUACCAGAUAUUGAAUCUGAUCCCCAACUUUUAAUUUCGAAGGUUCGUAAAUACUACAUGGAGUAUAUUAUAAGACUUCUUUCAACUAACUAUGAAACACAUCAAAAGUUAGUCAACAAAAACAUAUAUCUUCCUAGUGCCAUAUGGAGGUGUGCUAAAAAGUUAGAAGCUACUGCAGCCCAAGCUUGUAUGGUAGUACAAAUAUACCGGAAAAAUAUUAUUUCAGUAAUAGAGGAGUUGAAAAGAGAUACAAACAAAGGAAAAUUAAACAAAAAAUUAUAUAAUUGUCUUAAUAAACCACCAGAAAAUAGUAAAAAAACUCAAACACCAAGCACAUUUAUAAAUAACAAUUGUCAAUGUGCCUAUAGUAAACGUAAAAGACAUGGAAUGUCUGAAUCACCAAAAAAUUUUGAAAAGCAAAUGCCUAAUAUAAUAAGUGAUAAAAUAAUGAAUAAUGACAACAGUAUGUCUACUACAACUCAUGUGUCUAGUAAUACUCCUCACCCGCCUACUUGCCCCAUGCAGACAGAAAGUGAAACAGUAACUCAGGUUACCAGUUCCACAACAAUGCCCAUGCUCAGCAAAAGAAUGUCAGUUGAAUCUCAAGAUUCUGAUGAGUUAAUGAUGCAGCUAGAAAAACUCUUCCAAGGAGACAGCAAUGAUGACAAUGACUUAUUUGAUAAUGCACUUUUAUUUGAAAGUAAAACAGAAACAGUUCAAGAAGAUCAUACUAAAAUAAGUUCUAAUGUAGUGGAUAGCAAUCUUAAUAAUAAUUACAACAACCAGGAUUCCAUUAUUGAAAAUCAUGCUGCCCAAAUAAAAUCUUUAGAUGAGAGGCUUGCUAAUUUAGCAGGACUAUUGGUAGCCAAUGAUCCUCCAGUACAAAAGACUGAAGUACAAAAACAGAGAAGAAGAGUAACAAGCAGAUGGAUAUGUGAAGAAUAUUUCUUAAAACAAAAGUUACAUGAUUUGCUGGACCAAAUUGGUGACAGAGAUAGAAAAGAACUAGAAAAGAUAAAGCAAAAAUUUGUGCAAUUAUUUGGGGCUGACAGUGAUGAAGAAGAAAUUUUGUCUCCUUUAGAUGAGACAAAUGAGUUUAUCACCAGUUGUAAAGAGAGAAUAGCACCAUGGGUGGUGAAACUUCUAACACCUUAUUAUGUUAAGGGCCAUAUUAAGGGAAAAUCAAUAUUUAAGGCCCUGGCUAAACAUUUGAUAAGGCUUAUUUAUCAGUGUAGCAGAUAUCCAGAACAGUAUGAGGUUAACAGUUUCGUGUCAGAUUUCUUGAAAAACCACAAAACAAUAAGGUGUGAGGCAGACUUCAAAGAAUUCAGAAUUGAAAAUAUUUAAGUGUAUUUUUGUACAUACAUAUCUUUGGUGGCCUACAAUUAUUGAUAUGCUCCUAAACAGCCAAAAUUUUUCUGCAACAUUAAACAUUAUUAACCAAACUAUGCAAUAUUGCAGCUAUAUCCUGAAGAUUUAUUUUAAGUUUUAUAUGGGGCAGUGCCAUUAGUUUACAUGAUAAAUUAUUAAGUAAUUGCAAAAAAAUAUUGGACAUUUAGAAGUAACUUUUGUCUUAUUAAGUAAAUCUAACACCAAAAUGACCAAUCAGCCUAUUUAACAUAGGUGAAUCACAUUAUUUUUGGCAGAUUUAUUGGUGCCUUAAUGAUUUAAGCAACUCAAAAUGAUAGUAACAAAAAUUAAUUAUAGAAGGCUGUAUUGGCUAGCUAAGGUGGUAAGGUGGCUAUUAAAGCAAAAUUUGUGAUUUUAAUGCUUGUGAUUGACAACUUACGCUAAGGAGUUCAAAAAUAAAUAUGAUUAUUACA